GUGUCUGUGCUUAAGAGAAGGACUAAAUGGCGAGUAAUAAAGGGGGAGACGAUGGCGGUUGCAGCGGCGACGGUCAGGCGGUGGACUUUUCUGCCCUACCAGAAGGAUGCAUCGCCGGCGUUCUCUCUUUGACGACUCCUAAAGAUACUUGUAUAUUAUCGUUGGUAGCGAAGGUGUACAAAUCGGCGGCCGAAUCCGACGCCGUUUGGGAGAGGUUUCUGCCAUCUGGUUACGAGACGAUGAUUCCUGAAUCACUGCUUCAUCGCUCAAAGAAAGAGAUCUAUCUCAGUCUCUGCGAUAAUCCCGUCCUAAUGGAACAUGGCGAGAAGAGUUUUUCAUUGGAAAAACAAAGCGGAAAGAAGUGUUACAUGUUGUCUCCCAGAUCUCUGACGAUUAUAUGGGGAUCUUCUCCAGAGUACUGGCGGUGGGGUUCUUUUCCUGGGGCCAGAUUUGCAGAAGUUGCGGAGCUUUUGAGUGUGUGUUGGCUUGAAAUUCGUGGUAAGAUCAAAACUCGGUUACUGUCUCCAAAUACGAAGUACGCAAUCUAUCUUGUGUACCAGAUAAGACCAGAAUAUCAUGGAUUUGAUAGUAGCCCGCCUUUACAAGCCGGAGUUGGAGUCGCCGGCAGCGAGAUCCCGGAGAGAGGUGUUUAUCUGGAAACAGAACAUCAAUAUGGCGAAGGAUGUUACCCAAGAUACCAGAUAGAUUUUGAGAAGCAAAUGGAGGUUGAGUUGGGUGAAUAUUAUCACGGUGGAGAUGGAGACGACGAUGACGAAUUGGAGAUUUAUGCUUUGGAGACGUCGGGAGGCCGUUGGAAAGGCGGUGUUGUUGUUCAUGGGAUCCACAUCAGGCCCCAAAAAGACCUAGAUAAUUGUGUUAGUGGCAGACAUUUUUUUACUGAUACUUAAAUAAAUAGUUUUUUUAUUUCUGCAUAACUAGAUGGGGUAGGAUCAUAUAGUCUCCAUUUUUGCCUUACAUCAUAUUAGCCUCAAGCAGGAUUCUUUCGAGAGCUUGCCUUUCUGUCUACAAAAAUGAAGCAUCUGGGUUUUACUUUGAUUUUUAUACUUGGAACUUCUGUGCUGCUAAGGGAUGUUUUGGAUUAUGAACAAUUCUUUUUACUUAAUGGGUUUGUUGUUUUACAGAGCUUCGAGAGUAAUAUAGGUUUACUUCAUUGUACAGAUCAAUGAGUUGUUUCACCAUAAUGUUCUGACUCAUUGGCUACUCCAACGAGCCAUCGUGUUUGGAGAACGAACGGAGUUUAGUUUUAAUGUACUCUCUCCUUUUAAUA